AUGGCCAAGAAGGGCGGUGGAAAAGGCGGUAAAGAUAAAGGCAAAAAAGGUAAGCCAGCUCCAGCACCGCCGCCAGCUGAGAAGCCGGUGGAAAAGGUGGAAGAACCCAAACCUGAGGAACCCAAAAUAGAGGAGCCCAAAAAACUUGAAGUGGAAGAGCCUUGUAUUUUUAAUUGUGCCCAGGAAACGGUUACAUAUCGUCCCAAUUCUUAUCCUGGUCUCUUGGAACAUCCCAAAACAAUGGCCGUUGUCGGUUCGGAAUGCGGCUCUUAUGAUAGCCUUUGCAAACUUAUACACGCCGCCUUUCGCUGUGCCGAUCGUGUCUAUAUUAUGGUCCCUUGGGGCAAUUAUGUAAUCUUCCGUUGGCAUGAUAGUUCAAAAAUGAUUUAUUUUGUUUUUGAUGGCUGCACCUGCAAUGUAAAUCGUUUCCGUUAUAUGGAUUUGUCGUGCGGCACCUGCGGUUUGCUGUACUACGAAGAAAUGCACAAAGUAAUUAAUUAUGUAAUAAUGUCAAGGCAACGACGGGAAGAAAUUAAACGUUUAAAACGUUGCAUUGUCGAUGAUGUGUGCAAGGAAAUGUACGGGGAUCAACAUAUUUAAAA